AUGGGUCACUCGCACGGUUUGAGAGCCGGUACUCGGUAUGCCUUCAGCCGUAACUUCAAGGAGAACGGCCAGAUUCGCCUGUCGACCUACCUGAAGACCUACCGGGUUGGCGACAUUGUCGAUAUCAAGGUCAACGGUGCCGUUCAGAAGGGUAUGCCCUACAAGGUCUACAACGGUAAGACCGGUGUCGUCUACAACGUGACCAAGUCCUCCGUCGGUGUCCUCCUCUACAAGGUCGUCCGCAACCGCUACCUCGAGAAGCGCAUCAACGUCCGCAUCGAGCACGUCAAGCACUCCCGCUCCCGUGAGGACUUCAUCAAGCGUGUCAAGGAGAACGCCCAGAAGAAGCGCCAGGCUAAGGAGCAGGGUGUCCACCUCCACCUGAAGCGUCAGCCCGUCAUGCCCCGUGAGGCUCACCUCGUCGAGGGUACCGCUGCCGAGACCAUCACCCCCAUCCCCUACGACACCCACAUCUAA